GUGGAUCGAUGCUCAUGAUGUCAAUCCAGUGCCGCAGCAAGCCGGGGGCAGGGGGGCAGUUGAUCUACUGCAGUUACUGAUAUUAUACUUUGUUGUUAAUUAUAUGCUGGCUCCUCUCUUCUCAUGAGAGAUACUCAGGUAAAUACAUUGUAACAACAUAACAAGAUCAGAGAGUAACAAGUUUUAUCUUGAAGUGUUGUUACAGUAUUUUUGUUUGAAAUUUUUAACCUGUAACGAGAUAGUGAGUGGACUAAUCCAUUUGUCAGUUAGGGAUGUAUUAUUAUUAUUAUUGUAGGCAAACUACCACACCAUGCUACAAUGUAUGUAGGCGUGACUGUAGGCAAAGUGCACUGUAGGCGAUAGUAGACUCCACCCUGAAAUAUUGUUGAGAGCGGCGUUAAACAACAAACAAACAAACUUGAUUUGACCAUUGCGACUUGAUUAUGCUCUGAACGUCUCUGAAAAGCAAUUUUUCUUUGUCAAGAUCCUUUCUGAAACACAGUGGCCUAUAUGUGUUUUAUUUUAAUUACAAAUAAUAAUUUAUUCAGUUAAUUGAGUUUAUUGUUCUGGUGGUUGUGUUUAUUUACAUUGUUACAAAAUGCCACUUUUGUAACUCUCAAGAACAAGACGUGUGCAUGCUAAUGGCUACGAUAGAUUCAUCAAAGAAUGACACGUAUGGUUGCUUGUCGACAAUGCAAUACACAGCUGUACGUUUCAAAGGCUGUAAAUGGUAUGAAAGUCUCCCUUAUCGUGACGGCGAUAUUGACCGUGUUGAAAAUAGCUCAUGUGGUCCAAAUAAGGAAGUAAUUCUCGGAAUCCCUUUGGGCAGUAACCAUUUUUGUGUAGGGGCGACAGUGUAUAUAUAAUAGUAAUCGUUGAAUUAUGAAAAAAAAACACAUUCAGAAACCACAGUUCAUAAUAAGUUAAGGUAAGGGAAGACAGAUUUGUAGCCUGGCUCCAAGGCUGUACUGAAUGAUAAGUCCAUGGAUGUAUAGUAAAUGCUAUCCUUAUAAUAGGCUAGUCUAGAUAAGCGGACGCCAUUCUCUCAAAGGGGCAACUUGUUCUUAUUAUUUAUAUAAACUAGAAAUUAUGAUUUAAACUAAUACUUUUUGCCUGAGAAACUUGUGUAAGUCGAACAAGUUUGAAAUAAUUACAAAUCACAUCGACUGAUUAUGUGUGUUAUUUCGUUGUGGCAAGAAUACUUGAUAAUAUUCCAGCCUAUGGGCGAGUCUACCUAUUUUCACAGAAAUGUGCAUAAUCUACCCGUGUGUUGCUAUGCUAUGAAUCUGUCCGCGACACAUGUACAGGUAACGUAACGUUACACUGAAAACACGUGUUUACACAAAGGACAAGGCAUUUUAAUGAUCUCAGGAUCAAGGUUGACGAAAAUCAUCCUAAAAGGUAUCAGAUGUAUUAAAUUAUUGGCACUUGUGACAGCUCUGAAAACAUAUAAGCUGGUUUUGUGGGUUUUCAUAAAAAAAAGCGUUUGCUAAUCUAUGAAAGAGAGGAAGUCUUUGACCAAGUCUUAUAAGUCCCAAACAUUUCAGAAUUGUAGGCAACUUUACAAUUUGAUAUUCCAAACUGUGGCUAGAAAGGACCCUUGUUAUCCUGUGCGAGUGGACCCUGGUCUAGGGUUAGCCAUCGCAGUAUACAAGGACCUGAUGCUACAACGUUCAGUGUCUUUGCAGGUCGGGUGCCCCGCCCUCCAGAAUAGGCUCGGGCACAUCAACAGACACUUGUACAUCAAUUCCAAUAAUUCCACAUCAAGAAAAUAAAGAUUUGCACAUCAAGACAAUAGACUCUUGCGCAUCAAGAAAAUAGAUACUUGGCACUUACACAAUAGACGCUUUCACAUCACGACAAUAGACUGUUGUCCAUCAAAACAAUAGAGUCUAGCACACCAAGACAAUAGAUUCUUGACCAUCAAGACAAUGGACUUAGGUAAAAUAGUACCUAUUUGUAUUCUGUUUCAGUAGAGAUGCCCUUUUAUCAAUUUUGUUUAACCCCUCUUGCAGUCGACUGCUCGCCGUCAUUUCUAUGAAUAGAAAACAAAAGUAGAAAUACACCUGACACGUUGGAUGGUGGGGCACUAUGAUGUAGAUAUAUAUGCAAGAUGGCGGAUCAUGAAGACCCACUCGUCGAGGACUUAACGUGCCCAAUCUGUAUGGACUUGUUGACUGACCCAAAGGCACUUCACUGCCUUCACAGAUUUUGUCGGGAAUGCUUGAAUAGACACAUCCAAAUUCGGACGGUCUCUGGAUCUAGUUCGGUGUCCUGCCCCGUAUGUCGCUGGGAAAGUCGACCAAGUCACGCUGGCCCCAUCAAUGUUGAUAGUUUCGCUACUGAUGUUGGGGUGAGGAAUCUCGUCCAAGCUCUGAAGAAGAAGAGUGAGGAUACUGUUCUUUGUGAGUCUCACACAGGUAACCCAGUCGUGUUGUACUGCAGGGGAUGCAAGGUGAAGAUAUGUCACGUUUGUGCAGGGAUCGAUCACCGCGGGUGUGAAGGAGUUGUCUCCCUUCAGUCAGAAGCCGCUGAAGAGAGGAAACGUGUGACGGGUCUCUUGGGAAAACUGAAAACCACAAGGGUAUCUCUAGAUGUGGCGGGACAAGAGUUGAAGUCCGGCAUCGAGUCGCUGGAAAAGAGUCGCGACAAAGCUGUGGAGUCAACAAUAGAGCGUUUUCAAGAAGUUCGUCAAAAAUUGAACGAACUCCAAGAUACGUAUAAAAAUGAAAUUGACAGCGAGUUCGCAAUCGCUCGGAAAGGAUACGAGUCGGAGCAAAAGCUUCUUAGUGUCGAGUAUAAAACAGUGACUGACGCUGUAAAGGAUAUCGAGAAUUCUCUCAACAAAACAGAUAUACAACUUUUGAACGAAAACUGUACAGGUCGUAAUUGUCUAAAUACGUUCACGUUCGACCAAACGAUCAACAAAAGGUUCGACAUGAAAGUAGCCUUCUUGAUGAAAAAGAAUACCAAAUUAUCGGACAUUAAAAAACUCCUUCUCACACAAACGGAACCCAUUCGACCUAAAGCUACCCCAUCCAUCUCCAGAAAAGGACCAUAUCCCUCCCCAUCAUCCACACCCUCCCCCACUGACUUCUGCUGCCGAAAACAUAUAAAAGAAUAUUUUUUGCAAAAUAAAUCCAAAUUUUGAUCCGGUGUUUAUGUUGUAGCCAUAUCCCUCAGCGUAAACAAGCUUACAUUUUCCCAUUAUUGGUUCGUAUGUGUUUAGUUUCGAUAGUCUUAUAGAGACGUAGUUUCUUACAAAGAUAUUUUUAUACAACAACGUUUUGAAAAUAUAUAUUCUUAGAUUUGCUUCCCAGGUUUUCCAAAGUUAAAGGUUUUCUUUAUAAACAUGUCUUUUAUUACAUACAAAGGAUGCUCUUUAUACAUAGUCUUACUGUAAAUAUGUGUCCAGUGCUGUCACUUGCAUAUCUAUGAUGAGUUAUUAUUCUUUCGUUUGUUGUUUAAUACCGCACUCAGCAAUAUUCCAGCUAUUUGACGGCGAUCAGGAAAUAAUCGAGUCUGGACCAGACAAUCCUGUGAUUGACAUCAUGAACAUCGAUCCAC